AUGAGCCAAACUGCCAUCAUAGAGAGAGCGGCGGGAUCGAUGAUGAAGCCCAUUCGAGUUGCUGUCAUCGGCGCAGGUGCUUCUGGUUUGGUCACAGCUAAGUACCUUCGUCAGGCUAGACAGUACUUCGGCAUACUUGAUAUCGAGGUCCGGAUCUUUGAGAGGGAAGACGGAGUGGGUGGUGUUUACAAGUAUAAGGUCUACGAAGAAGCCGAGAUGGUGUCAUCCAAGUAUCUCACGGCGUUCUCGGACUUUCGUGUGCCAAAAGACCUACCUGACUUUCUGCCGGUAGAGGAUUACGUUCGCUACCUCGAGGGCUUCUGUACCCAAUUUGAUCUUUGGGGCAUUAUAGAGACGAAUACGGAGAUUGUUCGAGUUUCUCAUACAGCCAAUGGCCACCGCGUCUUUUUUCGCCGCUCUCCAGGUUUGGAAGUUGCAGAGAGCCAAGAUGGAGAGGAGUCAUGGGACUGUGAUGCCAUCGCCGUCUGCUCCGGUCUCAACAACGUUCCGUCCAUCUCAUACAUCGAAGGUCUGGAGAACGUGAAGCAUCUCCACUCUUCCGAAGUGAAGGAAAGAACGCAAUUUGGGUUGAAUACGUCUGUGAUGAUCCUAGGAGUCGGAGAAACGGCAAUGGACCUAGCCCACCUAGCCGUAACUUCAGAAGCCAGGGAAGUGGUGAUGUGUCACAAAGGUGGUUUCUUUUGCGCAAAGAAGGUUGUUCCUUUACCAGUCGUCAUGCAGGUUUGGAAGCCGGAUCCUCACCAGAAGCCAGUCGACACAGCAAUCGCAAGUUUCCUCGACACUGCAUAUCUUCCAGAGCGUCUUCAACACUCCAAUCUGCUCUGGAGCGUGUACGACAAGACGUUCAAGGCUCUUCAUUACCUCUCUGGCGGGACGGCGGCUGGCCCGGAUCAGUGGGUCGGAGAGAUUGAGGGUGAACGCAAUAACGUUGACUCACUGUUUCUGGUCAAGUCCGACCGCGCGCUGCCAUAUCUCAAUGAGGGAAAUCGGCCGCAAGACAUUUUCUCUCGCAUCAGAGCUUUUGUGAUGAAUAUUGAGUUGAAAAACACAAGUGGCAGAAAGAUAUUGACGGCACCUUGGCCAUUGGCUUUCCGGGACGAUGGGACUGUCGUGUUUCCGGACAGCAAGAAGCGUGAGCACGUUGAGGCGCUAUCUCGAGUCAUCAAGCCCGACUUGGUGGUCGCCGCAACUGGAUAUGUGCGUCGGUUCGAUUUCCUGGACGACGGUUACCCGGAACCCAGUGAGCUGGAUGUCCGCGGGAUCUGGAGGCGCGGAGAGGUGACUGCUGGUUUUAUUGGCUUCGUACGGCCUGGCAUUGGAGCUAUCCCGCCUCUCGCCGAAUUACAAGCGCAACUAUGGGUUCUUAACCUCCUCCGGCACAAGUACCCUCAACAGAUGGCGCUGCAUGCUCCUGAUGCCAGCCAAGGAGAGUCCAAUGAUGAUGCUAUUCCCCACUAUGAGAUCGACUACGCUCUCAAGGCUCGAGGCGGACAUGACUUGUUCAAGAGCAAGCACGGUGUUGAACAGGAAUCCUACGCAUAUCAGCUUGCUCUCGACAUGGGCAGCGCGCCGACCUUUUCUUUUAUGAAGCGUCAAGGAUUCAAAGCACUUUUCACAUGGGCAAUGGGAUCAAACUUUAACACCAAAUUUCGUCUUAUUGGUCCAUGGAGAUGGACAAAGGGCGCGCUGCCCAUUAUGCGCGGCGAACUGUUUGAUGUUGUCAAGCAAACAGGGGGCGGUGUUUUCUUUACGACUUACACCCUUCUACCCCUCUUGCUAUUCGGUUCCCUAACUCUCCUUCUCCAUGCCACAGCAGGUAUCUUAAGGCUAGUCGGGAUGAAAGAACGGGCCAACAAAAUGCUUGGUACAGGCAACAUUCCACGCCGAGAGGGGGAUAACCUCUGA